AUGGAAUAUGAGGGCGAAACGUUCCAUUUGACGGAAUACCAAAUUAAAAAAACAGUAAAGGCUUUCAACUAUUUGGAUAAAAAAAAAAGAGGACUGCUCAAAUUUAAUCUGUUAGGAAGCCUCCUGCGCUGCAGCGGAUACAACGUGUCUCUAAAAGAAAUUGAUAAGAUAAAAGAGAAAAUUAUAGAAAACAAAACUCUCGAAAAAAAUGCACAAGUGAAUGAAAAGAGGGAAACUGAAAUUACUACAAACGAAAAUGACGGCAAUAAUAACUCGUCGAACCGUAAGCAAGCUAAAAAAACUAAGGAAGACAACGACGGUGAUGACCAUGAUGAUGACAAUAAUAUAUCAAAAAUGCUAAGUGAUUUAAAGAAUUAUGAUAACUUCAUCGAGUUGGAAAAACAAAAAGAAGAAAAAAAAAAAAAAGAAGAAGAAAAUAAAAACUUAUUUAGUAUAAAGGAGUUUUUUAGGAUCAUUCAAUUGCCAAAUAUAACCAACGAAACUAAGCCAUCAAAUGUUUUAAACUCCUUUGAAAUUUUCGAUGAAAAGGGGAAUGGAAGAAUAUCCAUCAAAAAGCUGAGAUUCAUUCUUCAGUACUUAGGGGAACCCUUAAGCAAUGCAGAUUUUGACGAAUUCUUUGACUGGAUCAAGACGAAGGAUAAAGUGUAUAAGAAGGACUACAUAAUUUACGAGGAUCUGAUCAACGAGAUGGUAAAUAAAGACACAAGCGUUUAG